ACGCGCCGCAAAGCAUUGGAGGCCGCGGGCGUCACGCACGUCGUCAACUGCGCGAAGGAGCUGCCCUGCGCGCACCCGGCGAGCUUCACCUACCUGCACGUCCCGGCCGCGGACGUCGACGGCCAGGACCUGCUCGGCCUCUGGGCCGAGACGUCGGAUUUCGUCGACGACGCGCUCGCGGCCGGAGGACGGGUGCUGGUGCACUGCGCGGGCGGCCACAGCCGGUCCGGGGCCACGGUCGUCGCGUGGCUCAUGCGCCGGAGGGACCUGCGCGACGCCGACGCCGCGCUCGAGCUCGCGCGCGCGCGGCGGCCGGUCGUCAAGCCCAUCCCGGGCUUCGUCGACCAGCUC